UCGUUGAAUUUUUUAAAAAGUGGGAGCUCUGUCGGAGAAUGCCCUUCAUAAUAAUAAUUUAAACGUUUAUUUAAACAAUUCUAGACUGGUUACAUUGGCAUUCGCCGGCUCCAUAGGAAUGACAUUUGUUAUUCUUGCAUGUGCACUACCAUCUUAUCAAGUAUGGUGGCCACUUUUUGCGGUGUUAUUUUAUAUACUAGCACCCAUUCCAACUCUAAUAGCACGUCGUUAUACAGAAGAUUCGGGUAGUAAUAGUAAUCCAUGCUUGGAACUAGCUAUUUUCAUUACCAUGGGCAUCGUUGUAUCAUCAUUUGCAUUGCCAAUCGUUUUAGCACGUUCACCGGCUGGCCGAGGAACAAUCGAAUGGGGCGCCUGUGGGCUUACAUUAGCCGGAAACAUUGUAGUUUACUUGACAUUACUUGGUUUUUUUAUGACAUUUGAUCAAGAUGAUGCUGAUUACAGUAUGUGGUGAACAAGUUUCAUGUACAAUGUACUUUUUAUUUACGUAAAAAAAAUAGGGUACUGGAAAAUGAAAAAUUAUAAAAAUUUUUAUAAUCAAAUAACAGUAAUCAGCAUUACUGUAUUUUAUAACUUAUAAAUUAUAAGUAUUCAUUUUUUUUUUUUAUGUUAGAAUGUAAAAGAUAAAAAAAAAAUUCGUGAGAACAUUGACUGAUGGCUACGCUUUAAUUACUACGUGAUUACGGCAAUAGAUUUUUUUUUAUUACGCUUUAAUUUUCAAUUAUGAAAUUAUUGUCUCAUUAGAAAAAAAAAAAAAAUUGCAUUACUAACUUGUAUCAAAUAAUAUUAGUUCCA